UCAGCAUGGAGGAGGGAGUGCGAGGAUGUGACUGUGCGUAAAAUGGCGAUGCGUCGACGUCUCGCCGCCCUUGUUUGGAUCUUGUGGUGAUUCUGUGCGCGGAGGCAUCCGUGUCGCUUUUGUGCAUUGUUUACAGAUCAGGGAAAUCUGAUCGAUUGACCAGCAUUUGGAGGAGUGUUGGUGCAGAGGGAGAUCCGGUUGCAGACAGUGAAUGUGAAGUGAUUGGCAGCAAAACGCAGAUGAAUGUGAAUAAGCCAAUUGAGGAGUCAUGGCGACUACGAUCGAAGGGUAUUUAUAUAGUUUUGGCCCGAGUCGGCAAGGAGGAGUCUACAGCAUUCUCACUUUCUGCGUCUUGUCGGGUCGCCAUUUUUCGCAAUCUCGGCACAAAGGAGAUCUGGUUUCACUGCGAUCUGGAAUCCUUGACGCGGACCACCGUGUCGAGGACACAGGCAGACAGGUUGUGAACGGCAAGAUUCUGUACACUCUACGUCUGUAUAAUGUAACCGACGCUAAGAAGGAGGUUCUGGUUGGUGCUGUGAAUAGCGAGGAGAUAGCAGAGUGGCUAAAGGCUUUCACUUCCUCUCUUGGGCGGCCAUUUGAAACCGUCUCAGCUGAGCCAUGGACUCCCACUAUCAGCCUCCCAUUCGCUUAUUUUGGCGAGCAAUUUGCUGGCGACACAAGUCCAACAGCUUCACCAAGGCUGCGACCUGACUCAUCGGCAUUGCAUCGGCAAAGAGAGAAAUCUUACACUAGCUUGACUACCAUAGGCCAUGAAUCGCCUACACUGGAGAAAAGCCCCAGUUCCGUUGGAUUUGCCGAGUCAACAGGUGGUGGCCAGGCAUCAAAAUGGAAGCUAGUGCGCUCUGAAAAUGGAUUGAGGUUCUUCCAAGAGAAAGCGGAAUUUCCUUUAGUAUACAAGCUACCAGUGAUGAAAGCAGUUGGAGUGGUGAAGGCUCCUGCCGAUCAAAUAUUUAAUCUUAUCAUGGACUAUGGGCCAGAACGUCAACAAUGGGAUCACACUCUUGAAUCUGCAUCUGUAAUUGAAACUAUUGAUGGUCAUUCAGAUGUCGUGUAUAUUAGACUUCGGCAAGAUUGGGGAUUUUCACGACAAAGAGAUCUUUGCUUAUCUCGUUAUUGGAAACGAGAAGAGAAUGGCGCAUAUUCCAUCUUUUAUAGGUCAGUACUUAAACAUCCUUUGCAAGCUGGCUUUGUCCGAGCUUAUAUUCACAGUGGUGGUUACAUUGUGUCACCAUUAAAGGUUACUGGCGGGGGAAAGCCUCGUACAUUGGUGGAGUCUGUUUUGGAAAUGGAUACAGCAGGUUGGUCAUCGUUGUUGGGCGCUGGAUUUUCUGGCUAUCCUACUCACCUUAGGGAUUCCCUUCUGCGAGUUGUUGCUGGCAUACGGGAACAUGUUGCUGCUCAAAGAUUCAAUUCCUGUGUCACAAUCAUCAAACGACACAUCAUAGAAGAGUACACAGAAGGUUCUUUGCAAGAAUCCAAUCAUGAUCUUGCAGAACCUGUUAAGAACGCCCCUUUUCUCAGCACAAGUGAUGACAUUGAAGAAUUUUUUGAUGCCACUAUGGACCAAAUUUCUGAAACCUUCGAGAGUGAUCAGAAUGUGUCUGAGCCAGUCUUGCCUACUGGUGAACAUCUCAAGCCGCUCAGAGUCAAGGUUCGAUCAGACCAUGGAGCAUUUGAUUUGUCAAAAUUCAGAGGCAGUGUAGACAGAGGCCCUCUGAAAGGUGGUAAACAUUCUUUUGCGGAGCCUGAUAGCAGUGCCUUUCUUCUCAAGGGCAUCGAUUCCCUUUCAACUGGGAAAAGAGUUCCUGCAGGCCAGCCAUUCUGCAAAUUAGUCGGGAUGGAUUGGUUCAAGUCAAAAGACAGAAUGGAUCAUAUAGCAGGGAGGCCUCGAUCCCUGGUUCAGAGAGCGUGCCCAAAUGAAGGGCUCUUUUUCUUUGUCAUCAAUCUGCAGGUUCCCUACGCUUUACAUUACAGCUUGGUUUUCUAUUUUGUAACUGAAGAAGAGAUUACAGAGGGUUCUCUUCUUCACAGAUUCAUAUUUGGAGACGACACCUUUCGAAACAGCAGGUUAUCUCUUAUACCUGCUAUUCCUGAGGGUUCUUGGAUUGUAAGACAAGCCGUUGGCACAAAAUCUGUCCCCUUGGGUCAAAUUGUAGAAGCAAAGUAUCAUGUUGGAUUUAACUACAUGGAGAUAGACCUAAAUCUUGGAUCUUCAGGUGUGGUACGGGGAGUCAUGGGGUUAGUCUUCGGCUAUAUAUCUGCCCUAGUAGUAGACAUGGCUUUCUUUAUCAGGGGAGAGACUGCAGAUGAGCUACCAGAGCGGCUCAUCGGUGUUGGACGCUGCUCUCACAUUCAACUGGAUAAAGCCGUAGAUCUUCCUGCAAACUAGGAGCCUGUACGAUCGAGUUAGAAAUUAUACGUGGACUAUGGAUCCCAGUUCUCAAGUUAACCAACAAUUACUAAAUACAUCAACCAUAGAUCUAGCAAUUACACCGUUUAAAGCAAUUGUUCUCGUCGCAAUCACAAUCGUGAACAAGGAUUCAUUUUAAGGCUUACAACAUCCUUCGCAGGUUACAUCAGGUGGAAUUGCAUAAUAAAUUUUUGUUGCUGUGGAUGCGUAAAUUAUUUGAAUCAUUGCACAGUAGGGGUAUUCAUGGACUCGGUUGUACGCCUUUCUAAUUACAAGCACUUGUGUGUUUCUGUAGCAUUGCAUUUAUAUUUAAA